AUGGAGCAAGUUGACAGCAGUUUAACAAAUCAGUUUGACAGUCAAGAUGAAGAUGAAGGAAUCGUGCCGAAAAAGAGAGUUUGCAUACAGAAUUUUUGUGAAAAAACAGUACAAGAGUAUAGUGAUAAAGAGUUCCUUCAUCAUUUUCAGUUAGACAGAAACACUGUCAAUUUUUUAAUCCAGGAAUAUUCAGAAUCUGAAUAUUACAAAGGUUUUGUCAAAGAAAGUGAAUUGUCUCUGAGUAAGAGGCAUUACAAAGACAAAUGCGGUUUACCGAACAUUGUGGAAAUCAUUGAUGGAACAAACUUUAAAAUAGACAGACCAUCAGUGAGCCAACAAAGUUACUACAACCGAAAAUGCUACUUUUCCAUUCAAGGACAAUUUGUUUGUGACCAAGAUCUUAGGAUUUUAGAUUUUGUUCUUGGGUAUCCAGGAAGUGUCCACGACUCAAGGGUUUUCAGAAACUCCCCUCUCUACAGGAGAAUGGUCGAAGAAGGAAUAGGAGGUUGUUUAUUGGGGGAUGCUGCCUAUCCCUGUCGCCCAGACCUUCUUGUGCCUUACAAGAAUAAUGGUCACAUGAAACCAUGUGAUCGACGAUUUAACAAGGCUCUAUCAAAAGCUAGAGUUGGCAUUGAGCACACUAUUUGA